AUGGUAGCAGCGCACACUUCCUCACAUUCAUCGGAAUCUGCCGAGUGGAUUAUUUGUCUGGACAAGAGACCUGCGGAGCGCACUGGAGAAGAUGUGGACAUAAUCCUUGCACGUCUGAAGAAUGUGAAGGCCUUUGAGAGAUUCCAUCAUCGUUUGCUGCAGCAGAUUUGCCUGUGUGGAUUCUAUGAGUGCUUAGAGAAAGGCAUCACCUUAUAUCGCCAAGGAGACAUUGGCACCAAUUGGUAUGCGGUCCUGUCUGGUUCGCUGGAUGUGAAAGUGUCUGAGACGUCAAGUCAUCAGGAUGCUGUUACGAUAUGCACACUGGGGACUGGCACGGCUUUUGGAGAAUCGAUCCUGGAUAACACUCCCAGGCAUGCCACCAUUGUCACACGGGAGUCCAGCGAGCUCCUGCGCAUCGAACAGAGGGAGUUCAGGUCUAUGUGGGAGAGAUAUCAUCAGUGCAUGGCUGGACUCCUCGCCCCGCCCUAUGGUGUGAUGGACAGUGAUUGUAGUGCUGGCAAAAUGCCGGAUAAAGAGAACAUGAGCAACAACUCCUUUGCUUCCAUCUCCAAACAUCAGAAUAAGAAGUCAUUCAUUGAAAGCCCCGCCAAAUCCAACCCUAAAUGCAUUUCACAGGUGCCCUCGGAGAAGAUCUUGCGUGCUGGGAAGAUUCUCCGUACCGCCAUUCUCUGUAAGGCGCCUCACAUGAUCCGUGACAGGAAAUACCAUCUGAAAACAUUUAGGCAGUGUUGUGUGGGGACAGAGUUGGUGGAAUGGCUAAUGCAGCAGAGCUCAUGCGUCCUCUCCCGUGCUCAGGCUGUGGGCAUGUGGCAGGUGCUGCUGGAAGAAGGUGUUCUCAACCAUGUGGACCAGGAGCUGAGCUACCAGGACAAGUACCUUUUCUACCGCUUCCUGGAUGAUGAACAGGAGGACGCCCCUUUACCCAGCGAGGAGGAGAAGCAGGAGAGCCAAGAGGAGCUGCAGGACACGCUGCUCCUCCUCUCACAGAUUGGACCUGACGCCCAUAUGAGGAUGAUUCUGAGGAAACAUCCAUCUGAAAGAACAGCAGAUGAUUUGGAGAUCAUUUAUGAAGAGCUACUCCAUAUAAAGGCUUUAUCUCAUCUGUCCACCACUGUAAAAAGGGAACUGGCAGGAGUGCUGGUCUUUGAGUCCCAUGCAAAGACAGGAACGUUGUUGUUCAGUCAAGGUGAGGAGGGCACGUCAUGGUACAUUAUUGUGAAGGGCUCAGUCAAUGUUGUCAUCUACGGAAAAGGUGUUGUUUGCACACUUCAUGAGGGAGACGACUUUGGGAAGCUGGCUCUCGUCAACGACGCCCCCCGCGCUGCUUCCAUUGUCCUGCGAGAAGACAACUGUCACUUCCUGAGAGUCGACAAGGAGGACUUCAACAGGAUUUUGAGGGAUGUGGAGGCAAACACUGUGCGUCUAAAGGAGCAUGGUCAGGAUGUUCUGGUGUUAGAGAAGAGCCUCUGCAGCAGUCGGACCUCGGUUCAUGGAGCCUCAUCCUCCCAUUACAAAUACAAGGUAAUGUCGGGGACGCCGGAGAAGAUUUUGGAGCACCUCCUUGAAAUGAUGCGAUUGGAUUCUCAGUUCACAGAGUCAGAGCUUCUUCUCUCUCUUUCUGUCACAGACUCGGCCUUAGACGACUUUGUGCUCACCCACUGUGUCUUCAUGCCAAACAAUCAACUGUGUCCAGUGUUGAUGGCUCACUACCAUGCCCAGGCCGUGCAGGGCUCUGAGCAGGAAAAGCUGGAUUACACACUCAACAACAAACGCAGGGUGAUCCGCCUGGUAAUGCAAUGGGCAGACGUCCACGGAUAUCACCUGCAGGAGGAGGACGUCUCUAUGACCUUCCUACGGGAGUUUUUCAUGGCAGUGUCUGAUGAUGCCAAAACGACUCCCUCUCUCAGUGAUCAACUAACAGAGCUGGGGAGAAUUGUAAAGCACAACACUGAAGAUUCCAGAGUCGCACAGAAAAAGCACAAAGUCAUACUGCGGCAGUUUGGCAUGGGGAAUGAAAAGCUUCAGAAACGUCAGCCCAUUAAGAGUAAUGAUGAAAUUCUGUUUAAAGUCUACUGCUGUGACCAUACAUACACCACAAUCAGGGUUCCUGUGGCCACAUCAGUCAGGGAGGUCAUCGGUGCCGUGGCCGACAAGCUGGGGUCAGCAGAGGACCUGCUCCUGGUCAGCCUCAGUUCGGCAGGAGAGAAAGUGAUCUUCAAAUCCAAUGAUGUAUCCGUGUUCUCCACUCUCAGCACAAACGGACGACUGUUUGCCUGCCAAAGGGACCAGCUGGAUUCUUUGACCCCGUUACCUGAGCAGGAGGGUCCCUCCAUAGGGUCACUGGCCACUUUUGAGUUGAUGAGCUCUAAAGAUGUGGCCUAUCACAUGACCUCCUAUGACUGGGAGCUUUUCCACUGUGUACAUGAGCUUGAACUCAUCUACCACACAUUUGGGAGACAGAACGUCAAGAAAACCACCGUGAACCUGGAUCUGUUCCUGAGGAGGUUUAAUGAAAUUCAGUUUUGGGUGAUCACGGAGGUGUGCCUGUGUUCUCAGCUCAGCAAGAGGGUUCAACUUCUCAAGAAGUUCAUCAAGAUCGCUGCCCACUGCAAAGAGUACAAGAAUCUAAAUUCCUUCUUUGCUGUCAUUAUGGGGCUGAGUAACCCUGCAGUGAGCCGGCUGACUCAGACCUGGGAGAAACUUCCCAGCAAAUUCAAGAAGUUUUACAGUGAAUUUGAAAACUUGAUGGACCCGUCCAGGAACCACCGAGCAUAUCGACUGACAGUUGCCAAACUGGAGCCUCCCAUCAUUCCCUUCAUGCCACUGCUGAUCAAAGACACAACCUUUACUCAUGAGGGCAACAGAACCUUUAUUGACACUUUGGUCAAUUUUGAAAAGAUGCGGAUGAUCGCUAACACAGUGAAGAUAAUGAGACACUGUAGGAGCCAGCCAUUCAGUCCAGAUUCACCUCUGGCCAGUAAAACACACCCAGAGGUUCAGACUUACGUUCGUCAGCUCAGCGUGAUCGACAACCAACGGACACUAACUCAGCUCUCUCAUGGACUUGAGCCUCCCAGGUCUUAAAAUCCUCUCAGGGACAGAAAUGUUAAUGUCUGCUGCUUCAUUAUAUGACGUUGUUUGUACAGUGGGAUGAACUACGAGGACCUAAUCAUGGAUCAAAUGCUUUUGCCUGACUCGUUUAGCCUUUGAUUUUCAAUAACUUCCGAUAUUAUUAGAGCUGUAAUUGCUGGUGCUGCAGAACCUCUCAUAUCACUGUGCUGUAGAAAACACGAUCAUUCCCAACUCAAACAACAAGGAUCAUUGAAGGAACUAGAGAAGAUUUCUGUGUUGAAUUUCAGCUGAUAAUUGUACACUGUGUGAUGUUUAUGCUUUCAAAAUGUUGUCACAAUUAUCUUCCUAAUAUCCAGCUAUUUCAUAACUUUUGUAUGAGACACUAUUUAUAUGUAUAUUUAAAUUAUUUUGUGUUUUUAAAUUUAUUUUGACAUUCAGCAUGCACAGGAUUAUGAUAACUGUUUGACUUUGUAUUGAUGUGAGCACAUUUUACUCGUCUGAAUGUCUAAAAAAAACAUGUGUCUGCUGUAAAUAUUAAAUAUUUUAGAUGUA